GGAUAAGUUGAUAUCACUCACUGAAAAGUUAAUUUCUUUUCUUCCCAGGUACAUCUUACGUCCUGAGGGUGUCGUCGCUCUGUGCUGCUGCCUCUGUGGCAGCGGUUGCCAUGGUUUUGUUAGGGGCAUACAGAUUGUCCUGGUGUGUGAACAGGACGUAGCCGUUCUCAGGCCCGCUCUCUACAGUCAUAGUGAACAAAUAUAAUGAGUCCAAACGGUAUAUUCUGCAAAUACUUCACAUAUAAUCAUUCACAUGACUCCAAAUGAAUAAACAUAUGUUUUCCACCAUCUACUGGGUUAUUAACAAAGGAAUGUGAUCCCUUUCUGUCUGCUGUGUUGCUACUGUUUAGACGAAGGACAUGCUCUUUGUUCUGUUUUUUAAUCACAAAGUGUUUUUGAAAACUGCUUCCUCUUCACAAUUAACAGAACCCUCCCACUAUGACACACUGGGGUCUGUGGGUGUGACAUGAAAAAGUGACAAAGUGAUAAAAACUGAAAGACCUGUUCAUAUAUUUUUUUUACAAUGUACUGUUCACUGCAUUGUAGAAAACUGUAGCAACCAAAAACAUAUAACCUAUAGAUGCUUUAUGGAAGUCAAUUUUUCUAAAAAAUAAAAAUAAUAAUGUUAACGUGUGGCUUUUUUUAUGGGUUUUGCUUUGAAUCCUCAAACGGGCUGACUUGGCAUUUAGAAAAUGGUCCACAGGUACUGGGCCUUUAAUUGUUUUGCAUCCGGAGCAGCUCCCUCUUUUCCACAGGCGGUCACAGGCCAGGAUCUGCCGACAACAACCCCGCUAUAUCUGGUGCGUUAUCAAGUGCGCUGCUGCGGCUGCCCAGUGGUCCACUAUGGCCCAGAACCAGGUGAUCCUGCAGUUCCGAUUCGCCACGUUCGGGGACUCCAUGCUGCAGAAGAUGAACCUUCUCCGACACCAGAGACGCUUCUGCGACGUCGUCGUCCGCAUCAACCAGCUGGAGGUCCCCGGCCACAAAGUGGUGUUUGCUGCCGGCUCGUCCUUCCUUAGGGACCAGUUCAUCCUGCAGCAGGACUCCAGGGAGGUCCAGAUCUCCAUGAUUCAGGAGGCAGAAGUGGGCCGGCAGCUGCUGCUCUCCUGCUACACUGGCCAGCUGGAGUUUCCUGAGCUGGAGCUCGUGCAUUACCUGACGGUGGCCAGCUUCCUCCAAAUGGGCCACAUCGUGGAGCAGUGCACCCAAGCCCUCAACAAGUUCAUCAAACCUCAGGCUUCACGCCAGCUGGAGGUGGAUCUGGACCUGCGGAGGGAGAAAGGAGGCGAGGGUCCUUCCUCCCAGGCUCAGAGGGAGCAGGAAUGGUCUCAGGUGCGGUCUGUACCUGAGGGAGAGGAGGAGGACGAAGACGAGGAGGAGGACGAUGCGGUGGUGAUGGGCCAGGUUGAGAGGGACAAUAACGUCGAGAGCGACGACGACGAGGACGACGAUGUCAUAAUCCAGCCGUCCGUGAGCCCCCUCCAGGUGUGGCGGAGGCGGCCGAGGCCCGGUUUGGUGGAUAACGACAUCACCAUAGUGAAAGUGGAGUCUGUGACCGACGUAGCAGAGAACACCAUCACCGGCCACUUCUCCGCCAGCCACUUCUCCGCCAGCCCCCCCGCCGCGCUGCACUCCCCGGAGCCGCAGCACUCGCUCAUCAACUCCACCGUGGACAGCCGUGGCAGCGAGAUGGCGGCGCCGCCAGGCAUGGCCGGUUACCCGCUCAGCCCGCCUCCCUCGUCCCCGCUCGCCGAGAAGCACGUCGGACACCAGCGGAGCUACGACAAGCCUCUGCAGUGGUACCACCAGUGCCCCAAGUGCGCCCGGGUCUUCCGGCAGCUGGAGAACUACGCCAACCACCUCAAGAUGCACAAGCUGUUCAUGUGCCUGCUGUGCGGGAAGACCUUCACGCAGAAGGGCAACCUGCACCGGCACAUGCGCGUCCACGCCGGCAUCAAGCCCUUCCAGUGCAAGAUCUGCGGCAAGACGUUUACCCAGAAGUGCUCGCUGCUGGAUCACCUGAACCUGCACAGCGGGGACAAGCCGCAUCGCUGCAACUACUGCGAAAUGGUGUUCGCUCACAAGCCCGUGCUGCGCAAGCACCUCAAACAGAUCCACGGCAAGAACAGCUUCGACAACGCAAAUGAGGGCAGCCUGCACGAGGGCGGCCUGGAAUUUGAUUUUGGACGAAUGUAAAGUUUUUUGUUUUUCAAGUAAGGUGAUUGAGUUUUCAAAGAGCCUCACUGUGGUCAGCCUGUACAGUUGACAGCAGAAGUUUACAUACACCGCAAGGUUUCCCCCAGAAAACUUGCUAAGCCUGGUGGUUGGGAGCUAGGUUAAAACGGCAACAAUAACGUCUUAAAAAAUGCAAACGUUAUAAAAAUACUUAAGUAAAUAAGCAAUGCUUAUUUACUUAUUGCUUAUUUCGGUUCAAUAAGCAAUGCUUAUUGAACCGAAAUAAGCAUUAAGUAAAUAAGCCUGGUGGGGGCACAAGUAAAGCCUGGUGGCCCGCCAGGCUUAUAAACACUGGGGGAAACCCUGCACCGCAUAAAAAGACAAGGACAGUUUUUUUUCUUACUGUCUGAAGUUAAAUCAAACCAAAUGUCUCUUGUUUCAGGUCAGGCAGAAUUGCCUAAAUUAUUCCUAUUAGUUAAACAACAAAAACUUGGCAAGAAGAUUUUUUUCAUAACUUUUUUCAAACACAGAAGUUUAAAUACAGUUGAUCAGUAUCAGGGAUCCUUUUUUUUUAGCUGCAUGACUUAAGUCAAACCUUUUGGGUUUCCUUCUGCAUACCACUAAUAGAUUAACUGAGCUCACACAUUUGAGUCAUUUGGAGACACAUGUGGAUGUAUUUUAAGGCCACGUCGGAAACCUGCUGCUUUCCUGUUGGACAGUAGCCUGGUAAAGUCCCGCUCCUUGUUCUACACUUCACUUCGUACAGCAGGUCUGGAAGGUCGUAAGAAAUCAGCCACGAUGUCAGGAAGAGAACUGUAGAGCUUCCAAAGUCUGGUUCAAUUUGGGAACAAUUUGCAGAUGUUAGAAGAUGCUGCUUUCGUGGUACAUGGUGAACGGCCUGCGCUGCUCUUUAUUCAGCCCAGAGAACCCCAAAGCGCUUUAGGGGGAAUGCGUUAUACCGGUUCUGUUAGGAGGAACUAACCAGAACUCCAGCAAACUGCUGUGAGACAUUUGAGGAAGGAACCCCAAAAGAUUGAACUCAACUCAUACAGUUUUAAAAAAAAAAAACAGUCAUAGGUGUAACUUCCUGAAGGACAGGUGUGGACGUGUCCUCGCCAACUUUGGCAGGAAGAGGACAGUCCCCUCCAAUAUUUCCUCCAUCGUUUUUUCUUUAUGCAACGUCGUAUUCAAAGCAUUAACAGCCACCUAAUGCUUUUUAAAAUUCCCUUGUAAAACGUAAAUGGCAAGUCUAGUGGAUUGGGCAUCACGUGACUCACUGCGCGCGCCGUGGCAGUGAGUCACGUGCAGCUGCUGCUUUACAUUGAGUCCGGAAUAUCGGUGGUCAGGGAAAUGACACAAUUAAGCAAAGAAUCUGAGAAGGGACGCAAAGUUUUGAUAUUAUCAACACUAAGAUAGCAAGACAUCAAGGUCCAAAGGGAUCAAAUUUCACAGGUUAGUAAAAAGCUUUAAUUAAAUAUAUAUAUAUAUAUAUAUAAAGUGGAGAGUAAGUUAGUCAUGCUAGCUUAACUUUAAUCACUUUAACAUGAACUCUCGCUGCGCAGUUCGGAGUAUUUCGUUUCAGUUAACACAAAAAUAAGGCGACCCACAUAGAUUUCCUGACAAAUAUUCAGAAGAACAGGUGUUUAAAUUAGCUAAUCAACCACCGAAUGUUCAGUUUGGUGUUUGUACCGCCGAUUUUGUGUGGUAAAUGUUUGUGUGUGUGUGUGUGGGGGGGGGGGGGGGGGGUGUUAAUUCCUGAUGCAUUUGAACGUAACCUCUGCUCUGCGUUCCCGGGGUUGUUGUAUAUUGGUUGCCGUGGCAACGAGUCUGCGCGUGACGUUAAGCUGACAGUGACAAAAAAUAAUAUUACCGCCUGUUUUUCUACAUUUUUCCCCUGGACAAAUUCCAUCAUUUGUUCACAGGACGUGGCGAUAUUCAGAGCAAUCAUCAAACAGGAUGAAAUAUUUCGUGAAGCUUCGAGGAGCAAAAGUUUGUUACGUUUUAAAUCAUGGCUCCUAUUAUGUAAAAUUAGAUUAUGGGCCAUUAUAAAGAGAAAUUCGCUUUGUUCUCUCUUGUUUCUAGCACUGACAGAAACCAAACUAUAGAUUUAUUAGCAGAGAGAAUAUAUAUUUUACAUAACCAAACAUCAACAUCUCAGCUUUAAGCCACAUUUGAUAGGAUCCAGUAAUAACUCUAUUCACCAACUGCUCCUACCAGGCCCAAAAAAGGUUUUGCGUCUAUUAUUUGCUAUAUUAAAGACGCAUCAUAUCAUAAUUUAUUGAAUAAGACUGUCCGCCCCCCCCUCUGUCCCCACCCAAGUUACACCCUUGAAAGCAGUUCUCCCUGAUAUUGACCAAAUGUAUGCUAACCUCUGACUUCUGAGUUCAAACAAAGUUGUUUUUUUUAAAUCUCCAAAAUAAAGUCUUGCUGCUUUUUUUGGCAUUUAGCAAAUAGAAAUAACGUUGGUAAUUCCAACUAGCCUAAAACAAGAUAAGUUUGUUCUAAUUUAACUUCCGACACAAAAAAUAAAUUGUGUUUGUGUCUUUUUAUUCUAUGUAAGUAAACGUCAGGUUUCAGCUCUGUGCUUUAAAAUGGAGAGAACAACCAUAUCUGCACCUCACCAUGGCUUCAAUAAUGUGGACUGUUUUUUUUUUUUUUCUGUGUACAAUACAGCACAGAUGCCUUUGUGUCAUACUUGAAACUUAAACACUGAACCACAAACAAAAAGGACCGAAGAUCUUCUGGUAAUGAAUCCUGGCCUGUGUGUUGUCUGUUACCUUAAAAAAAAAUUUAAAAAACACUGCAAAAUCAAAUGUACAGUAUCUGUAUAUUGUGCUUAACAUAUGUAGCUGUUCGUUAUUAUCUGUAUGAAUAUGACAACAGGAAAUUCAUUAACAGAAGAAACUUGAAGGAGCGUUGGUACUAAAAUGUUGCACUGCAGGAUGUUUCUGUCGUUUGUGGAGCUGGAGACCGUUUGUAUGACAUGAGCUGUUUUCUGUAGGCGUAAUAUCAGAGGUAACAUUGGACCAAAGUGACAUUGUCUCUGUUCUUUGUUCAUGAAAUAAAAAGUUCUCAGAAA